AAUGUUUCUAAAUGCUCCUUCCCCUAAAUUUUUAAAAAAUAAAAUAAAAAUAAAAGACUAUCCCAUUAAAUACGCGUUUUGACAGAAAAUAGUUACUCUGAAAUUUCAGCUACUUCUCUAGCUCUCUCUCCCAUACUAGUCAUCUCUUCAGCAACUCUCCUCCCCUUUUCUACACUUUCUUCAUCUCUUCCUCCACUCUUUAACCAGAAUUAGUCAUAUUUGGAUUUGAAGGAAUCCCCUCUGCUAUUUUUUCAUCAGCCUGAUCUACCUCACCUUCAAAUCCUGCUGCAGCAUUCAACAUCUUAGCACCCGUUUCUUGCAUUUGUGGACAGUAUUUCCACCAUUUUUGAGAAUUCAAAAGGAAAGAUAUCUUGCUCAUUUUAACAAUGGAAGCGGUAGGAACCGCAUUCUUAUCUGCAUCCUUCGAGUGGUUAAUGGACAAGUUGGGUUCCAAGUCCAGCGAGUUAUGGAAUCCACAGAAGCAGAUUCUUGAUGACUUGCAAAACUGGAAGAGUCUUUUGCCCAAAAUAUGGGUUGUGCUUGAUGAUGCGGAGAAGAGGCAAAUAGCCAAUCCUGCUGUGAAAUUGUGGCUUUCUGACCUCAAAGAUUUGGCUUAUGAUAUGGAGGAUGUCCUUGAUGGACUAGAGGCUGAUGAAAGAAGGAAGAAAUUAACUGCCAAAACUGAUCAACCCAGCACAACAAUGCAGAACACAACAGGGUUCUUGAUUUCUUCCACUGCCUCCAAACUCUCCUGCUCCACAAUCUACAGACAAAAUAAAAAACAUAAUUGUGACAUUUCUAGUUGAACCUUUAUAAGUUCCUCACAAGUAAAUAUGCUUGUAACUUGUAUUGUGCUAUCCUAUUGAUAUGUGCUUCAACAAUAGAGUAUACACUUGAUAGUAAAAAACAAUACAACAUUCUGGUGAUA